AGAGUGUUUGCCGACAUGCUGGGAGUGACGCCAACCCACAACCAAUAUCUCCGGCACCAAGCUUUGCAUGGCGGCGUUGAUCGCUUGCGGGAGGGGGGCGUCGUGGUAAGAGAGUUCAAGCAGAGAGCGGGGCAAUUGGUCACUACCCUCCCAGGCGCCUACCACUCCGGAUUCAACGUCACUCCCACUCAGGCCGAAGCGGUCAACUGGACGGAUUCCACAGAUCGGUCCGAGGAAUAUAUCCCUUGCAACGCGGAAUGCAAUGAUCACGACCCGAUUACGUAUGAGAUAGCGUUCUCGAGCGAUCAGCCAAGCGACCGGCCCCAGAACUCAACUUUCCUUGAAAAGGAUGCAGGCGAAGAGCAGCACGCAGGUCAGGAGCAGCACGCCGGAGAGCAGCACACUGGCGACGAGGAGCACACGGACGAGCAAAACACAGGCGAUGACCAGCAAACCAAAGUCGCAGGACCCCGGAGAUUAGGAAGGAGGAAAUCCGAAGGUACCUCCUAUCCCGCAAGAUUUGUCACUGGGAACAAUGCGCAGCGAACCGCUACCCUGCGUAGUGCACAGCAAAAAGCACUGAGGGUGGCAAAAGACACAAGCGGAAAGCAUUACGAGUGCGGCGAGCAGCAGGGCGAAACCGUCGAAUCAUAAAGGUUACGGAAAAGCAAACGCGCUGCUCCCCCAAAUGAACCACCAUCCGACG